AUGCAGCGCUCGGCGCUCCUGGCCUCUGCGGCUCUGCAGGUGAUGCAUCCAGAGUUAUAUUGGGCUUCGGUUAAAACCCAGAUCAAACUCGCCCGAUGGGCUAUGGACAACGGCCACGAUGAGAUAUAUACUCGUUUGCAACUUUGGGCCUCGGUGCUCAACUGCGCAGCGGUUAUUUGUAACCGGCAAUGCCCUCUUCACAGAGAUCCACGAUCUCCUCCAGAGGGGUUCGACGUAAUGACCAGUGUCAGCGAAUAUUACGAUGGGCUCAUGACCUUAUCCAACCUCGGUAUACAGUUGCGAUACAACUCUGGCGCCAUGGUUGCUUGCUCUGGACUGAUCGUGAGGCAUGGGGUCACAUUCACUGGUAAUCGCAUUGUGUGGAUGUGGUUCAUGUGCGAUAGCCUUCACAAUUUUGUGGGGACACCUCGGCCACAGUAUGCGAGUUACAUGAAUGUAGAUUGGGAUUUCUCAGUUUCAGCCUAG